GGACUUUUUUCCCAACGUGGGACUUAUCCUUCUUGACUAUGGAAAUCAGAAUCAUGGAGCAACCAGUUAGGGUCUGAGAUUAAGGGGCAUUUAGACCUAGAGUAACUACAAAUUGGGUGAGGUACCUGAUACUUUGGCUAAUUUGUAUUAUGCCGAAUACGAUAGACGAAUGUGUCAAGCAGCUUUUGGCUUUCAACGACCAGUUGCGACAGCAGCAAGCUUCCCUCCGAAACUUGCAGGGCCAAAUGAACUUGCUAAUGUUGCAAGUGCAAGCGGUCGUCGACUCGGACAAUCCAAAUGACCCAUGCUUAGCGGUACCGCCAAACAUCCAAUGCAGCCCUCAAAUGGUCAGAGAUGUCAGCACUACCUCACCUUAUCCAACCUCACCGCUCAUGGACGAAGAGGUAGAGCGAGCCAUCAGCAUGCAGUUUGAUGCUGCCUCCGAUAUUGCCAGCGCCAGAACGCCCCCCUAUGGACCUUCCGGUUUGCUCAAAUCAAUGUCCGGUGUUAGCGUGAGGGGACUUUUUGGCAUGAUUCGAAGUAAGACUGGCGACAUAUUUUUGGGUUCCGACGGCUCUUCAGGGCACAAAACGGCCUCACGCAUUGGCUUGGCGACGAUGAAAGCUAUAAGCCGCGAGACGGUCAAAUCUGAAAAACCCCAUUGGCGUUCUAUCAAUAGCGUUCACACUGAAACAAGAGACAUGCGGAAAAGAAGCAUAACAGAUCAACUUAAACCGCAUUUUACUCUAGAUACUUCAAGCAAGAUUGACUUGAGUGAACGGAGUGAGAGCAUGUCAAAAUCCUUGGAGAGUCACGAAUCCCUACAUCAAGGAUGCCCUCAAAUUAUCUUUUCACGAGAAAACGAUGAUUUGGAGGCUCAGGACGCAAAUGAUAUUCGUAAGGAGGCCAGCAAAAGUGUCGUCCAUCUUACGCCCCAACCAGAACCACCGGCGCCAAUUCGAAAACCAGUUCCCGCAGCAUCAGAGACAAAGUUGCAACGUCCCAGUCUGAUUUCGAGUCUAUAUCUGAUAUAUUGUGCCGUUCCUCGGUACAAUGAAUUCGGAGCUAAACUACUGGACACUGAGUUUGCCGUCCUGUUUAGCCAAGUGGAUAAUUACAACGCCUCGCACCUUUUACACCCACGGUCCGAAUUCCGAACGUACUGGGAUUUUUCAAUGUCGUUUUUAUAUCUCAUCAUGCUGUUCGUCAUUCCUAUAUCGGUCGGAUUCCCAAAGGCGCAAGUGAAUAUGACGCCCUUCAGCAUCAGCUUCACCUUCUUCUUCGCAUGUGAUAAUUUAAUUAAUCUGUUUACUAUUGCCUACCGCGAGGGUCUUCCAUUAAGCACAUGGGAGUCCUGCAAACGCUACCUAUCUGGUCGAUUCGCCCUAGAUUUGUUCACAGCCCUCCCUUUGGAUAUCGUUUUCGCCGGAUCCGAUAUACCCUACCCAGAGUGUUUCUUGCUUCUUCGCCUGUUCCGAUUAUGGAGCCUGUACACGAUAGUUGUUUCCAAUCCUUUGCAUGGUCGCUUCAGCAACUGGUUCCAGCAUGCCCUCGGUGUGGGUGGAAGUUUCAUGAGUGUAUGGCUCUUUGGUGCACUACUACUCAUUUAUUUGCAUCUGUAUGCGUGCGGGACCUUUUUGAUGGGAAAAUUGACCGGAUACGUCAGUUGGGCGAAUCUCCCGACCGUGCUAGAGAAAUCUCCGAGUGAGCAAUAUACCUGGGCCUUUUUCGCGGCUAUCGGAAACACCUUUCCCAUCACUGGCUUCAGGCCAACUACCGCCUUGGAGCAAUGGACUACGAUCAUAUGUUGCCUAGUCGGUGCUCUGUUGUACGCUUCCCUCGUCGGUACAAUUUCGUCCUUCAGCUUUGGUCUAGACUCUUCCGGUCGGAUGUAUAAACAGAAGAUGGACGAAGUCAACGAGUACAUGGCCUACAAAAAUCUCGGCGAUACCCUCAAACGCAAAGUACGAUCAUUCUUUCAACUCAAAUACAGGGGAAAGUACUUUGAUGAAGCGAGCAUUCUGAAAGAAUUGAAUGAUAGCUUGCGGCAGGAAAUCACUAUUCACAAUUGUAGAGACCUCAUUGCCAAAGUAAACUUUUUAUCCCGCAACGUUGGUGACGGUCGAGAUCUCGAUUUCCUUGGGCGUAUCGCGAAUGCACUCAAGGCUGUAUACUACAUCAAAGGAGAUACGAUAUUUGAACAAGGAAAAGUUGGAAACGAAAUGUACUUUAUUCUGUCAGGAAUGGUCGAAAUCAUCGUUGCAAAUAACCGCGUCGCAACAUUAUCAGAUGGUGCCUUCUUUGGGGAAGUCGCCUUGCUAGGCCAAGUCCCUCGCACAGCGACAAUUCGCGCCGCUGCCGAUACUGUCGCUUAUCGUCUCGACAGGUCUGACUUUGAAGCCAUCUUGGCUGACUUUGACGAUAUGGCUAUUAGAAUUCGACUGGUGUAUGAAGAGAGGAUGGCCAAAGUUAGGAAGGAAAAGGAAAUGGUGGCCAACCAGCAAGUAAAUGAACCCAGUAAGAAUGACAAGAUUCCGGUUCCAGCAGAAAAGCCUGCUGGGAUGAAGCCAUCCGAUGUUGACGAAGAGCAAGCAUAGUUAUAUAGCAUAUAUACCCCACUGGGAGGACAAUCUCGCAUGGCCAAAUUAGGAAGGGGCAGGUUCUGACAUGCGCUGGAAAAGCGGUUGUCGUAUUCGCUCAGCAUAAUAAUUAUUGCACGGCCCAAAUAUUGGAUACCCAUUUGGUGAUGGGCUACACUACAAAAUGAAAUCAUCGC